CAUGUUUUUUUAUAUACUAUUCUCGUACAGGAAGCGAAACAAAAGCAUCCCAAGAAACAUUUCACGAAGCAAAACUAGUUACAGGUAGAAUAAAAAAUCAUAUUCAUUUGACCCUUCAUGCAAAUAUGUGGGAAUUAGAAGACCAUAGUACCACAAUCCAGAACACAAUCCAGUUUCAAAGAGCCUAAAUUUUCAAAAUAUUGUCGUUCUUCCUCAGGAAUAUAAGAGUAAAUUGUUGGUGAUCAUCAACCCCUUUGCUCUACAAAAACUAACUAUAUAAACUGCUAUAUUGGCGAGCAAUAAUUAAAAUCACCAAACUAUCCACCGACGACGACGUGGAGGUGAAUAGUGCAAAGAUAUUCACCGAAACGCAAAGGGUUGAAAAUUUAUCAUUUUUAUUCGUUAGAAAUGGCUUAAAGAAUACCUCUACACGUCAAUGUUAAACACAACUAAAUUUGUGGUUUUCUUCGUGUUUGGGGAAGCCGCAGCUUCGUUUAGGAUUUAGAAUUAAAUAUCAAAAAUGUUAAGUAUAACUAUGUAUACUGUAUAAAAACAAAAGUUAUAUUACUGAAUGAAAGUCCUUAUUUUUAUCUAUUAAUUAAGAUGAAUGGGCAAACUCGGUGAUGGAAAAGGCGUGUAACCCAAGCAGAGCAGAAAGGCUGGCAAAUGAAGACUUUGCUUGUCUUGAAAAGUACAUCAAAGAGUUUUCUGUUUUGUACGUGUAUACUCAUCAAGCAUCGAGCAAGGAUCCUCUGACUAAGAAUCUUCGUAAAUCCAUGACGAAGAAUGUUAAGUCGUCAGCUCACCGAAGCCUAUUAAAUCCGGAAAAUAGAGGUAAAUUUGGAAGAAAUGACGGAAAAUUUGUAGAUGACAAUCUGUUAGUUUUCAACUUUGUAAAAGAUGACCUAUCCAAGAAUGCUUCGACCAGAAUUCCCGCAAGAUUGUUUGAGCCUCUUGCUUCUUACAUCAAAUCAAUUGGUCAAAUUUCGUGUGCGGAAAUUCGAGGAACUUGUUGGCUUGUGGGAGGCAUGUUGGUAAUUACUAACUAUCAUGUUUAUAUGUUGAUCAACACAGAAAGAGAGAAACAGCAAAAUCCAAACUUGCCCAUCACAGUUUCAUUUGAUUACUUACGCUCUGGACAAACAGAACAUGUUGUCACUGUUGAAGUUGAUGAAGAGCAGGACCCUCAGCUGGGAGAUUCUCGUUUGGAUUAUAAAUUUUUACGAUUGAAAGAAUGCGAAGGUAUUCAAGAUCGUGUUCCUCUUGGUUCAAUCGUUCAAAAUCGUCAAUUGCAAGAAGGUCUGGUUAUAAUCGUUGGCCAUCCGAAGGGAAAUGAAAUGCAGGAAGAAACAUGCGUUGUUGUCAGCAGUUACUCGUGGCGUGAGAAGCUUAAACAACGACAUGAUAAAUGUAUAGAAAAAUACAUACAUAACCCAGAUCCUAGUUUACACAUGACCAAUGAUCGGUUAUUACGCUCUGGUGAAAAAUACAAAGAUUGUGUGCCGUACGAAACAAGUCUGUUUACUGGUGCUAGUGGUUCUCCUGUGUUUGAUCUGAAUGGAAACAUUGUCGCUAUGCAUACACAGGGAUACACACUAAACACUGAGAGCGGACAGUGUUCCUUGAUGGAGUUUGGCGUCCAUUUCAAUGCAAUUUGGGAAGACAUGAAAUCUAAGGAACGGUAUCAUGAUGUUGAACAGUUAUUCCCGAACUAUAAUCUGGAAGAUAUGGAUAUAGACGAUUAGUACCCAACAUAAUUAGUAUAAAUAGUAUGGGAAGGUUUCGAGUGAGAAUGAAACGAACAAUGAUAGUUUAUGUUAUAUAGGCUGACACUUCCAGACUGAAAUUGCUCCUUGUAAUCGGCACUCCCUAAGACAAUGAAGACAUAACGUAUAAUAUAUUGCACGUUGUCAAUGUCAAUGAUAGUUAGAUCAGGCUGAAAUUUCGGUUCCGUAAACCAUUGUAAAACUCCAUAUAAUUAGUCCCUAAGACAAUGUCAAUACAGAUCUAUUAUAAUUAUAUAAUUAGUGGAGUAUAUGAGAGUAUAUGAGUAAUAGCAUGGUUUCUGCGUCAACGUUUGAACUAGUGUUAGCUAGCCCCCAAAUUCAUACAUUUGCCGUUCAAAAUUGCGUUUAAAACUGAUCAUUCAUGAUGCAACAUGAGCUCCACCUUUGAAUUUACUAUAUGAGUAAAUUCUUAAACACGUCCGAAUAAAGUUAAUCAUGAAACCACAAGCAUUACACAAGAUUUCCUGUUAUAAAUGUAAUGCCACUUUUCGGUUUUCUUGGAGGAAUAGUUUUUAAAAAAGUUAAAAAAAUUUAAAAAGUUUAAAAGUUAGGGUUAGGGAUUAGUGGUUAGGGGUUAGUGGUAGGUGCCGCGAAUUUAUUAUUAUGAUAAAUUCAAAAUUUGCCGCGAAUUUAUCAUAAUGAUAAAUUCGGACGUGUUUAAGAAUUUACUCAUAUAGUAAAUUCGAAGGUGGAGCUCAUGCUGCAUGAUGACAACUGGUAACUGAAGAUUGUGACAUUGGAAGACUAUGACAUAGGGAAUUAAGCGUUGCUCCAUGUCGACAUGAUGGGAGUUUGGACACGAUUUAGCGGGGUAUUAAUUACGAUUCAAUAAUAAUCAUAGUAGUAAGUUAAUAACAAAGAGAUUUAUUCAUAUAUGCUAGAAAUAUCAUGGCGUAGCUGAUGUACUCGUAAGAAAGACUAUAUAGUACGAAAGAGCAUGUUAAAGAGGCAAUUUUUUGUGCAACGUGCAACCCAUUUUUGGAUACAGAGCCAGAGAUAUUGGACGAAAAAUGUUGGCCGAGUAAAGUGUGGGUCACGCUUCAAAUCUCUUUGCGACUACUUUUUAGAUAACUUGGCUCUAUGUCAGAAAUAGACCCUUCCGGAAAGUACCAGACUUGCCACAAGCCCGCCCCAGAAUUUUCUCCUGGCUUUCUUGGGAAAGUGAAGAUGAGAUGAUAAUGAAGUCUUUGAAAAGGACUUUGCGAAAGCAGAAAAGUACUUAGCCUUCGCUUCAGAGCCUCGUUAUCCGGACUGCGAUAUCGGCUUUAGUGCCCUUUAUUUUGUUACUGUUACAUAUAAAGGUAUUUUACAAGUGCUAUUGUCAACAUGAGCUGCCGUGUUGUAUCGUAAAUACAACGCGGACGUUACAAAUGGCUUCUGAAACGCUUUGAUGAGAACAUUCGUAUUCUUUAACAAUUUAAAAUAAAUGAAUGAUAUUUGGUGAGAAAAUUGAACUUAAAGUUUAUGUAAAUCAGCACGAUUUUGUAUCACGUGUACAAACUCCUUAAGUCACAGUCAUGAUUUCUUUUGUGUUUCCUUCAUGAAUUAUUUAUGAAUUUCACAAUAUCUAAUAUAACUGUAUGAUUUCGUGAAUGUGCCAUCUGUAACAAGAUAAAGGACACCAAACCCAGUAUCUCAAAUGAUGAAAACGAGUCUCUAUAGCCACGGCUGAGUACCUUUCCGAAAGGAUGUACUGCGUUGCAAGUUGCAACAAAAGUUACCUCUUAUUAUAACAUGGCUUUUAAUGACAGUAAUACGUAACUUAAAAUAAAACAUUGCAGAACACAUAUAAUUUGGCAGCAACGUUCGUCGUAAAAAAAUCUGUAGUUAUAUUAUCUAGGUCUAUAAAUAAAAGUGUAAUAGCUUUUUGUUGUU